GUAGGCGUUUGCAUGAUGAACGUGUGGGUUUGAAAGUUACUUUGAGUUAAUAUCGCACUUGUAUUCAUAUUGAAAAGGUAUUGCAGGGGGAAAUGGCUACCUCAAUAGUAUCUACAAAGUACGGUAAAAUCAAAGGAAAGAUUGUGCAUCUCAAAAUUGAAGAUGCAGAACCAGUGCACGUUUUCAGAAAUAUCCCAUUUGCAAAACCUCCAAUGGGAAAAUUACGAUUUAUGCCGCCUCAAAAAGCCGAACCGUGGAAUGGAGUGAGAGAUGGCACUGUUGUUGGAAACUGCCCGAUGUAUUCGAAACAUCUCGAUGAGAUAACAUUUGAAUGUCUUCCAUUGCCUGUUCCAUUCGUCACUGAACCUGAAAUAAACGAGGAUUGCUUGCAUUUAUCAAUAUACACUACCCAUCCAAAAAAUGACCGUCUCAAGUUACCGGUAAUGGUGUGGUUAUACGGAGGAGGUUUCACCAGUGGUUCUGAGAGUUAUUAUGACGGAAGUGUAUUGGCUGGAAUGAACGAUGUAGUGGUUGUUGUACCAAACUACAGAGUUGGAAUAUUUGGAUUCUUUUCACUUGGUCCGUCGUCCAUUUGUACAGGAAACUCUGGACUACUAGAUCAGCGGAUGGCAUUAAAAUGGGUACAAGAAAACAUUGAACAAUUUGGUGGAGAUAAAGAUAAUGUAACCAUAUUUGGCGAGAGUGCUGGUGGCAUUUCUGUCAAUCAUCACAUGAUAACGUCGAUGUCCCAUGGUUUGUUUCACAAGGCAAUAAGUCACAGUGGUCAAUCUACAAUGCCAGGUUUAUUCAAAACUAUUGAAGAAAAUAACGAGCAAAAUAAACGUCUUUUUCAACAUUUGGGGAUAGAGAGAAAUGAUGACAAUCAAAUUUUGGAAGCGAUGCAAAAUAUCCCAGCAGGCGAUUUAGUCAAAGUUUCAUUCGAGCUGGAGGCGAAAGGAGUAGCUUUCACACCCUGUAUGGAUAACAAUUUCUUCCAUAAAACACCUAAAAAAUCAUUGGAAGACAAAGACUUUAUGAAAGUGCCCUAUAUAAUUGGAAUCAAUAAUACAGAAGGACACGGCCUGAUACGAUUACUCUUCUUUGCCAAUAAAUCAGAGAACUUAACUGAGGCAGAAAUAAAGAAUUUUCCGUUUGGUCCGCUAUCGGAAAAAGAGCUUGAGAAAUGCAAACAGCUUUACAUCAAAGAUAACCAAGAUACCGCAAGAUUUGCCAAAUUAGCUGGUGACAUUAUAGGUGAUUCGAUGUUUGUUUCAAAAGCUAUUCAAACUGCAUCUAUAUAUACAGGUAGUGAACAACCUGUUUAUAUGUACUAUGGGACCUUCCAACUCAGAAUGUUUCACGAAAAAGAGUACGGCAGCGACGUACAGAAGAAAGUUAGCUGGUGUUUUUGUGACCAUGGGGAUGACGUUGUUAUGACCUUUGGGAUGCCAUUUACACCAUACGAUAUGCCUUGUGGUGCAAAAUUUUCUGACGAGGAAGCUGAGAUAAGUCGUGAAUUCAUGAAAUAUCUGACUAAUUUUGCUAGAACUGGAGAUCCAAACAAUGGCAAAAAGGUGAACGUAAAGUGGCCAAAAUACACACCGAAAGGCCAGCACCUCAAUAUAGCAAACCCAUUUUCACUCGGAAAGGACUUAGCGUCCGUGGAAGCUGAUUUUUGGAACAACCAAAUGCUGAUGGCGGUACAGUAUUUGAAUGUACGAGUGACUGUGUGCACAGUAAACGCUUGUAUUAAACCGUUACUCUCAAAAAUCGGGAGUAUGAAUGCACCAAUAAUUACUACAAAGAAUGGACGGGUCAGUGGGAGAAGAGUGGAGCUGAAGGUUAAGGAUGCGAAACCAGUUAACAUAUACAGAAAUAUUCCGUUUGGCAGACCACCGACAGGAAAACUUAGAUUCAUGCCUCCUCAACCAGCUGAUUCAUGGGAGGGUAUAAAGGAUGGCACUCAUGUUGGGAAUAUGCCGAUGCAAAUAAGUUUAGAAGAAGAACUGUUGACCAAAUAUCUUCCCAUGCCUGACCCAGGCACUUGUGUGAAAGUUAUGGACGAAGAUUGCCUUCAUCUAUCUGUUUAUAGUCCACUGGAAAGAAGUUCAAGAAAACUUCCGGUCAUGGUGUAUAUAUACGGUGGUGCCUUCACAAUUGGUUCAGAAAGAGAAGUUGAUGGAAGUGUGUUAGCUGCAUUGAAUGACGUUAUUGUAGUCGUUCCUAACUACAGAGUUGGUGUUUUUGGAUUCUUUUCCCUGAGUCCUGAUUCUGUUUGCGCUGGAAACGCAGGAUUAAUGGAUCAACAGUUGUCUUUAAGGUGGAUUCAAGACAAUAUUGAUGUUUUUGGAGGGGAUAAAGGUAAUGUUACAAUAUUUGGUGAAAGCGCAGGUGGAAUGUCUGUUCAGAAUCACAUUUUGUCACCGCUAUCCCGUGGUCUGUUUCACAAGGCUAUAAGUCACAGCGGACAAGCUUCGUAUCCAGGAAUUUGUCAUUCGGCUGAGUCAAAUGCAAGAGCUAACAAGGCACUACUAGAAAAACUUAAAAUUGAAGAAAAGGACAAUGAUAAAAUACUUGAGGCCUUGCAAGAAAUUCCAGCUAAAGAAAUAAUCAAAGCGCAUAAGGAAAUAGCUGAAGCAAAAUACACGUUUGUGCCGGUUGUGGAUGGAAUUGUGGUUCCAAAAUCACCAAGAGAGAUGCUGAACGAGGGAAACUUUACAAAAGUGCCAUAUAUUAUUGGUGCCAACAACACGGAAGGAUAUGGUCUAGCAAUCUCAAUGUUCGGCAUUGCUGAUGAAAUAUUUUCAGAACAACUGGCAAAACAAGGAAUGCCCAUACCGGUUUCCGAAAAAGGCUUCGAAGAAUGCAAAAAAUUUUAUGCAAGUGAUGUUAAAGAUCAAAAACGAUUUACAAAAAUUGUUGGUGGAUCACUUUCAGACGUAAUGACUUGGAAGGCUGUUGAAAGUGCAUCUUCCCAUUCAGAAAAAUCAGGUGCAGAUGUUUUUCUUUAUCUGGGAGCUUUCCGAUUGAAAAUGCAUCAUGAUCCAGAAUUUGCACCAGGGAUUGGAAAAAAGAGCGCAAUGUGCGUAUGCGACCACGGUGAUGAUAUAUACAUGACUUUCGGUCUUCCAUUUAUUCCGGAGCAGUUUUCGGCAGAAGUCAAGUUCACUGACGAAGAAAAGGAUCUCAGCAGAAAGUUUAUGGCAUAUCUUACAAACUUCGCUAAAACUGGAAACCCAAACAAUGGAGCCAAAGUGGAAAAGAAGUGGCCGAAGUAUCGAGAUAAAAAAGGAUACUUGGAAAUAAAAAAUCCAAUCUCAGUGGGGAUGAAUUUGGCCGAGAAAGAAGCAACAUUUUGGAGUGAGGUCAUGCAGCCACAUAUUCCAACUAUGUUUGUGUAAUAAAUUGUGUCAACGUUGUGUUGUGUCAUGAUCUGACGAGAUACUUUCUUUGAGCCUAACAACAAAAUUAUGAAAACGCAAAUUCAAGUAGUGACAGAUAUCAAGAAUCUCGAUUACUGCAUUAUUAUUUUAUAUUUGAUAUUUUAAGUAAUUGCCGGAUAAACUAAACAUAUCUAGUAAUUUUUAUACGCAAUCAAAUAUAUUCAUGUAUAACA